CUUCCUUGCCUGUGCACGCAUGCGCAGCGGAAAGGCAUUGCUUCCGGACAGGGCAACAGAACUGGAAGCGCUGCAGAGAAGCUGAAGCGGAGAAAAGCAGCGCAGCUGGAGCCUGGGAAACUUCACUUAAAAGAGACGCCUCUCUUCAGAAUAAAGACAACUUCUCAAAGACAGAGGUGGCCCAAGAGAAGGGGAAGGAGAUGGAAGAGCAGGACUCAGAAGGACCUGGAACUGACAAGAGAGCAAGCAAAAGUCUACAUCCCACCCCAGCUGGGAGUGGUGUUGAAUUCUGGGAAAGGGCUGUGCCAGAGGUCCUGGCUAAGAACACCCUGACCUCAGAAGUAUGUUGCCAAUGUUUCCGGCAGUUCCGCUACCAUGAGGCCGAUGGGCCCCGAGUGGUUUGCAGCCAGCUCCAUGGACUUUGCAGCCAGUGGCUGAAGCCGGAGAAAAACACCAAGAAGCAGAUCCUGGACCUGCUGAUACUGGAGCAGUUCCUGACUCUCCUGCCCCAGGAAAUGCAGUGCUGGGUGAGAGGAUGUGGGCCGGAGACCAGUUCCCAGGCGGUGGCCCUGGCCGAAGGUUUCCUCCUGAGUCAGGCAGAGGAGAAGAGGCAGGCAGAACAGAUGCAGGGACCACCUCUGGAGAUGGAAGCUGCAAUCCCUGAGGCAGAAGGAGCUUCCUUGGAGCAGGGGCAGAGGGUGCAGGCGGUGGAGCGUGCCCAAGAUGCCCUCUCCUGUGGAACAGGCAGUGAAGAGAUGCUGUUGAGCCGUUGUCUUAUCCAAGAUGUGGGAACAGUCGCUGCACCUCCAAUCCAGGUUCCCUUUUCCUUGGAGGAGGUGUCCGUCUCUUUCACGGAGGCGGAGUGGGCCCUUCUGGAUCCGGGACAAAGAGCUCUGUACAGGGAAGUCAUGCUGGAGAACUAUAGGAACGUGGCCUCUCUGGCAGAAGAUGAACAGAGGAAUGAGGAGGGUGAGAAACUUCAUCAGGAAAUGCCAGAUAAAGUUAAAAAUGGAGACUUGAAGGAAAAUGUCUGGAAUCAAAUCAGACUGAAGAGAAAGAAAGGUGGCUGUAUGGCUGACGAGCGUGAGGGAAGACAGUGGAAUAUACAUUUUCUGAAGCACAGGAAAAUGAAAGCAAGCAAAUCCAUUCAGUGCAGAAAGUCUUUCAGAAAUAGAUCACAGCUUCUUGUGCAUCAAAGAAUAAAGAGACAGGGGAAACCUGAAUACUCAGAAACCAGAGAUAAAUUCAUUCUCAGUAGUAAUAUUCAACAGCAUCAGAGAACCCACACAGGGGAGAAACCUUUCGCGUGCUCCGAGUGUGGAAAGAGAUUUGGUAGGAGUGGCAGUCUUCAAUGUCAUCAGAAGACCCACACAGGAGAGAAGCCUUUUGAAUGCUCAGUGUGUGGAAAGAGAUUCAGUCAGAGUGGCAGUCUUCAAUAUCAUCAGAAAACCCACACAGGGGAGAAGCCUUUUGAAUGCUCAGAGUGUGGAAAGAGAUUCAGUCGGAGUAGUAGUCUUCAAGAGCAUCAGAAAACCCACACAGGUUGGAAGCCCUUUGAAUGCUCAGAGUGUGGAAAGAGAUUCAGUCAGAGUGGCCAUCUUCAAUAUCAUCAGAAAACCCACACAGGGGAGAAGCCCUUUGAAUGCUCAGAGUGUGGGAAGAGAUUCAGUGAUAGUUACCAUCUUCAAACGCAUCAGAGAACCCACACAGGGGAGAAGCCUUAUGAAUGCUCAGUGUGUGGAAAGAGAUUCAAUCAGAGUGGCAGUCUUCAACGUCAUCAGAAGAUCCACACAGGGGAGAAGACUUUUGAAUGCUCAGAGUGUGGAAAGAGAUUCAUGUGGAGUGACAGUCUUCAAAAGCAUCAGAGAACUCACACAGGGUUGAAGCCUUUUGAAUGCUCAGUGUGUGGAAAAAGAUUCAGUCAUAGUGGCAGUCUUCAAUAUCAUCAAAAAAUCCACACAGGGGAGAAGCCUUUUGAAUGCUUGGAGUGUGGAAAGAGAUUUAGUAUGAGUGGCCAUCUUCAAACGCAUCAGAGAACCCACACAGGGGAGAAGCCUUUUGAAUGCUCAGAGUGUGGAAAGAGAUUCAGUCAGAGUGGAAGUCUUCAAACGCAUCAGAGAACCCACACAGGGGAGAAGCCUUUUGAAUGCUCAGGUUGUGGAAAGAGAUUUAGUACGAGUGGCAGUCUUCAAAAACAUCAGAGAACCCACACAGGGGAGAAACCUUUUGAAUGCUCAAAGUGUGGACAGAGAUUUAGUACGAGUGGCAGUCUUCAACGUCAUCAGAAGACCCACACAGGGGAGAAGCCUUUUGAAUGGUCAGAGUGUGGGAAGAGAUUCAUGGGGAGUGACAGUCUUCAAAAGCAUCAGAGAACCCACACAGGAGAGAAGCCUUUUGAAUGGUUAGUGUGUGGAAAGAGAUUCGGUCAGAGUGGCAGUCCUCAUGAGCAUCAGAGAACCCAUACAGGGAAGAAGCAUUUUGAAUGCUUGGAGUGUGGAAAGAGAUUUGGUACGAGUGGCCAUCUUCAGUAUCAUCAAAGCACUCACAUACGAGAGAAGAUUUUUGAAUGCUCAAAGUGUGGAAAGAGAUUGAGUCGGAGUGGCAGUCUUCAAGAGCAUCAGAGAACCCACACAGGGGAGAAGCCUUUUGAAUGCUCAGAGUGUGGAAAGAGAUUUAGUACGAGUGGCGGUCUUCAAAAGCAUCAGAGAACCCACACAGGGGAGAAACCUUUUGAAUGCUCAAAGUGUGGACAGAGAUUUGGUAUGAGUGGCAGUCUUCAGCGUCAUCAGAAGACCCACACAGGGGAGAAGCCUUUUGAAUGCUCAGAUUGUGGAAAGAGAUUUAGUCAGAGCGGCAGUCUUCAGUAUCAUCAGAAAACCCACACAGUGGAGAAGCCUUUUGAAUGCUCAGGGUGUGGAAAGAGGUUUAGUACGAGUGGCCAUCUUCAAACGCAUCAGAGAACCCACACAGGGGAGAAGCCUUUUGAAUGCUCAGAGUGUGGAAAGAGAUUCAGUCAGAGUGGCAGCCUUCAAACUCAUCAGAAAACCCACACAGGUGAAAAGCCUUUUGAAUGCUCUGAGUGUGGAAAGAGAUUCAAUCGGACUGGCAAUCUUCAAGAGCAUCAGAGAACCCACACAGGGGAGAAGCCUUUUGAAUGCUCUGAGUGUGGAAAGAGAUUCAGUCGGGCUGGCAAUCUUCAAAAGCAUCAGAGAACCCACACAGGGAAGAAACCUUUUGAAUGUUCAGGGUUUGGAAAGACGUUCAGUCAGAUUGGCCAUCUUCAAACACAUCAGAUGACCCACCCAGGGGAGAAGUCUUUCGAAUACUCAGUGUGGAAAUAGAUUCAUGUGGAGUGGCAAUCUUCAGUGUCAACAGAGAACCCACACAGGAGAGAAACGUUUUGAAUGCACGGAGUGUGGAAAGAGACACAAGAGAUAACCUUUCGAAUCUUUAAUGUGUGUCCAUGGCUCGCCACACCUGGACUUGGAAAUUGCCCUAAGGGAGGCUUUCAUGAUAGAGGGACACCAUCCCAAUGAAUGAGACCACUCUCCCCCCACACACAUACACUGAACUUGCUGAAGAGCUGUUGGCCCAUCAGCCUCCUUUACUGCAGUGGCAGCUGUUCUCCCAUGCAGCCCGAUGAGGGUAAGGGGAGCAGGCGAUGGGACAGGCCCCAGAAGAAGCAAGGACAGACUACUGCAUUGGAGAAUCCAUACGGGAGAAACCUUUUGAGUGCUCAGAGUGAGAGAGAAGAUUCAUUUAGAGUGGCACUCUUCAGCUGAAUCAAUGAUCUCACGCAUGGGGAUAAAAUGUUGGAAAGAAAUUCAGAAAGUGUGACGAUUUUAUUAUUUAUUUUAUUUUAUUUAUUUUGUUUUAUUUAUGUCCCGCCCUACCCCACCGAAGCGGGCUCAGGGCGGCUCACAGCAUAAAAGUUCUAAAUAAAAUUCAGAAUUAAAA